AAAAACUUCUUGGUGGCGUAACAAACUUAUGGAAAUUGCGACGAUAAAGGAAUCAUCGUCGCCAAACUUUCAAGGCGUUGAUGUGCCGACAACUCCAGAAACAUCAAACAGUGUCAAAGCUGGCGAUAAUGCUGCAACUGGCCCCACUCAAGAAGAAGUACGUUUGGAUUACUCUGCAACGAUUUUACGUGAGUUGUUCGUAGGCGAUGAUGCACCACCUGGUUUGUUGUCGUGGGGGUCGUAUCGGACUCGAAAAAGUAUUGGUGGAAACAACUUGGCACUGUUUGAAGAACCAAGUGCAGCCUUUUUAAGCUCCUAUUUGAAAGGUUAUACCACUCCUGGGCCGUUAGAACGAGAACAGAGUUUCAAGAAAAAGGCAGACUUGGGUGUUAUGUUGGGUGUAUACUUGCCAACAAUUCAACAUAUCUUAGGUGUUACAAUGUUUAUUCGCCUUUUUUGGGUUGUCGGUAUUGCGGGAGUCGGACAAACUUUCUUCUUGCUCUUUUUGUGUUGCUUAUGUACUUUACUUACCAGUAUCAGCUUGUCGGCUGUAGCCACCAAUGGAGUAAUAGAAAGCGGUGGAGCUUAUUUUAUGAUAUCGAGAAAUUUGGGCCCUGAAUUUGGAUCGGCAGUCGGAAUUUUAUUUUACUUGGCAAAUACAGUUGCAGCUUCAAUGUAUUUAGUUGGCGGUGUAGAAAUUUUAUUGUUGUACCUUUGUCCAUGGUUAACAGUCGGUGGUCCAGAGGUGCAUUCAGAUACAGGUUUUAUGGGAAUGAUGUCACAUAAUUUGCGACUCUACUCAUCAGUUCUUUUGUUGGUCGAGUUUGCCAUCGUUGCAAUGGGUGUCAGAUUUGUGCAACUACUAGCUCCUAUGUCUUUAUUGUGUGUCAUUUUGUCUAUUCUCGCGUGUUACGCAGGAGGCAUUGAGAAGACAAUAUAUCCAACAAGUGGCCAACAUGUCUGUAUGCUGGGCAAACAUUUACUGCAAGCUCGUAUAGUUCUACCAGCUGGAGUACCUUUGUCUGAGAUGUGCUAUUUUUGUAACAGUUCUGUCGAUGGUCCGUUAUUGGAAACAUUUUGUCCAAAAGGUGACUGUUCCGAAGCAUUUGUUAACAACGAUCUACGGUGUGUCAACGGUUUUCCAGGAUUCAGAAGUAAUGCCUUCAUUGAAAAUUUGGGUCCAAAAUAUUUGGAGAAAGACGAGUAUAUGAAAGGACAUCAAGCGGACAAAAGUUCUGAGGUUUUCCAGGAUGUAACAACUACCUUCUUCGUUUUGCUUGCAAUUUAUUUUCCUGCCGUCACAGGAAUUUUAACAGGAACAAACAUGAGCGGUGAUCUGAAGAAUCCUCAGAAGUCAAUUCCGGGUGGCACAAUAGCGGCACAGAUUACUACUUCCUUUAUAUACUUCUCUCUUGCUUUGGUUUUUGGAGCAGCUAUUGAUGGAGCUCUUCUGAGAGACAAGUACGGUCAGUCGUUAGCUGGCGGAAUGAUUGUUGCAAACUUAGCAUGGCCGAGUCCUUGGGUAUUACUAAUCGGGUCGUUCACUUCUACUUUUGGCGCUGCAUUACAAUGUCUAUGCAGUGCUCCACGACUACUACAAUCGAUAGCGAAAGAUGAUGUCAUUCCAAUUCUAAGCCCAUUUGCACAAGUGACCAGAAGCAACGAGCCAUUCAAAGGACUAGUAUUGACGACAGUUAUUGCUGAAUUUGCUAUUCUAUUGGGAGCUAUGGACGAAAUUGCCGCCGUUGUGGAUUUCUUCUUUUUGAUGUGUUAUGCCUUUGUAAAUCUAAUAUGUGCUCUUCACUCAAUUUUAGGUGCACCAAAUUGGCGUCCACGAUUCAAAUUCUUUCAUUGGUCUUUUGCAUUCCUUGGUGCUGGCUUAUGCUUCUUUAUCAUGUUCAGCACUCACUGGGAGUAUGCAAUAGUUUCUUGUGCGUUAUGCUUAGCUAUCUACAAAUACGUGGAGUGGAAAGGAGCAAAGAAAGAAUGGGGGGACGGAAUUCGUGGUUUGGCCUUAACAACUGCCCAGUAUUCGUUAAUGAAGAUCGAUGAAAGAGAUCCACAUCCAAAAAAUUUUCGGCCGCAGUUACUGCUUUUGCUGUCGAUGCCUUGGUCUAAAGAAAUUGUUGACGUACGAUAUCUGAAUUUGCUUCAUUUUGCUUCACAACUGAAAGCUGGACGUGGGCUAAGCAUUGUCGUGUCGUUAAUUCGGGGAGACCCAUCAAGCUCUGAGGAAAGGAAAAAAGUCGAACAGGUCAGGUUAAACGCCGAUGUGGACGUGAAAAAUCGUAUAUGUUUCGAUAUGGGCCAAGUAAGACUACAUGGAUUUGCAAAAGCACUGAUUUAUGGCGAAACUCAGAUAGGAGGUUGCGUUUCAACUGUUAUACAGAGCGCUGGAAUUGGCGGUUUAAAACCGAACACUCUUCUCCUCAGUUGGCCACUUCAUAUUAACAAGGGAGAAUUGGAUUCUGAGUAUCACACAUUUACAGACAAACUGUUGGCUGGAGCUGCAAUGGAUAUGUGCCUUUUAGUGGUUAAAGGUAUAACUGAAUUUCCAGUGUCUGUAAUACGUCUUACUGGCAAAAUAGAUGUUUACUGGAUAGUCCAAGACGGUGGUUUAUGCGUAUUAGUAGCGUAUUUGCUAAGACAGAGCAAGGUGUGGCGUGGAUGCAAAUUAAGAGUGAUAGCAGUUGCGCAGGAACGAGAUAACAAUACAAAACUUCAAGGAGAUCUUCAGAAAUAUGUCUAUCAACUACGUGUUGAUGCUGAAAUACUGGUUGUUGAAUUGGCAGAUCCAGAGAUAUCAAAAACAGCUUUUGAGCGCACACUCUUAAUGGAAGAACGUACGAAAUUGUUUCAUGAAAUAAACACGACAACAAAAUCACACAUUCCGUUACCACCACUUCCAAGAACAAUGGCACCAGUUCAAAGUAACGAAUCGUCUAUAACAAGUAGUGAAGCUGAAGAAAAACCGGACAGAACCGACGAUGACGAUGCACAGUCGUCACCAGACGACUUGAAGCUAAAAGUUCGAAAAAUGCAUACGGCUGUCCGGUUAAACGAACUGAUAUUAGAGCAUUCGUCAGACAGUCAACUGAUUCUACUAAAUCUACCAAGGCCUCCAGCUGAGAAAGAAGGUUUGGACGAUUAUAUGCAUUAUUUGGAAGUUCUAUCCGAUAACAUACAACGAGUGUUGUUUAUUCGUGGUACCGGAAAAGAAGUUAUUACCACAUAUUCUUAACA